UGAAAAAGAAAAAUGACAUGCAUAUGUUUUGGAUAUACAUAAUAAGAGAAUUCUCUAAAGAAACUAACAUAUUUAUAGAAUUUUACUUAAGAAUUAAAACUAAGUCAAAUGUUAGAAAACAUUGACUGGCAAAUACGGAAUAUAGGGUAUUAGACAGAUCGUAGUCUCUAUAAAGAGAUUAAUUAAAAUACAAUGUUGCCGCCAUAAACAUGUCUAGCACUCUGUGCCGGAGAUUCCCUGCGUACAAAUAAAAGAAUAGACUCGCGUAAAUAAAUGUGAACUGACGACUUAACGAUUUAUAGAUAAUCUGAUAAUCUAGAGUCUUUCGAGAGAUGCUUUUGUUUAUUUUUGGCACUUUGUUUUAAUUGCGUCGGCAGGAAGUCCUUGCACAAUGCUCGAAAUAAUCGAAAUGUUUACUUUUCACGCAGUUGUUUGAGCAACCGACGCCAAUCCAAAUCGAUGGGCAGGCCAACCAAAUCGAAGCAUGUCCAGACAAAAGCCGUGCUCAGCCGUACUCGAAAGAUCCCAACGAGCCGCUAAUCGAGGCAGUGUCAGGGUCAGAUUGGAUGUGGUCGAGUCAUGUCUUCGCGGCGCAGCUCCUUUCGGCGCAGAGAGAAGCCGGCAUUCGCGCGGUUCAAGGAUCAUUGCCGUCACUUUACGGCGUUUAUGUUCAGCAAUGUUGGCAUCAUACUCCUAGUCACAUUUUAUACCAUUGGCGGCGCCUUCAUCUUCCAAGCAAUUGAAAUUUUCGAAUACGAAAAACUCAAGACAGAUAAACCGUAUCGUUUUAUCGAGCGCAACGCAAGCGGCGAUUGCCUCAGUCGCAUCUGGGAGCUCACGGCGGAGAACAUAAGUUUCUACGAUCGACAGGCCUACAGAAAACGUGUUAAUGAUGUGCUGCUGGACUAUCAACGCGCUGUGGUUAGGAAACAGCUGCUGGGCCCCGAUGUGGAUCAUCAGUGGAGCUUUUCGGGCGCAUUUCUCUACUCGCUGACUGUCAUCACGACCAUUGGCUAUGGCAAUAUAACGCCCAGCUCCGAUUGGGGCAAGCUGGUGACCAUACUCUACGCUAUUAUUGGCAUGCCGCUCUUUCUGCUCUAUCUAUCCAAUAUAGGCGACGUGCUGGCCAAAUCCUUUAAAUGGAUCUACUCAAAGGUCUGUCUCUGUCGCAUUUGUCCGGGCGUGGCCAAGCGGCGCAUAAUCCGAGAGCGUCGCAAAUUGCGACAACUAGCUCGAGCGCUGCAGCUGCACAACAUGGAGAGCGCGCGCGGCAGCAGCAGCACCAGCUACUCCAGCACUAGCAAGAGCUCCACGAACAGCAGCAGCAGCAGCGGUAGCAGUGACUACACCAAGAGCUCUGUUCAAACCUCCAGUGUGCUGGAUGUGCCCUUUUCCGAUUCAGAUUCCGAUAUCGAACGCGAGAUACGCGGCAGCACGGAUGAAAUAACGGUGCCCCUAACUGUCUGUGUAUUCGUGAUGGUCAGUUAUAUAUUAUCGGGUGCCAUACUCUUUGGACGCUGGGAGGAUUGGAACUAUCUGGAUGGCAGCUAUUUCUGUUUCAUCUCGUUGAGCAGCAUUGGAUUCGGCGACUUGGUGCCGGGUGAUCGUGUGAUAACCGCCGAUAAAGACAAGGUCGAGGUGAGCUUCAUUUUAUGUGCUGUUUAUCUGCUGCUGGGAAUGGCCUUAAUUGCCAUGUGUUUCAAUUUGAUGCAGGAACAAGUCAUUCAUAAUAUGCGCGCUGUAAAGCGCGGUUUUAAGGCCUGCUUCCGCUGCCGCAGCUCUUAGCCAAUAAUUUGUUG